AUGGCAUACGACUGUUAUUGCGCCAUCUGCGGUGUCGGCUUCACCGGCAUGCACAUUGAGUCCCCGUCGGAGACCGCGAUCGAACGACGAAGACGGUGGAUUGAAAAGAGAUGCCGGGCGCUCGAGGCCGGCCAGGACAUCAGCCAGAUUCCUACUGAAGAAAAUGACGCCCCCGUGCGCAGCUACGAUCCUCGGUUAGUCGACACCGAUAACGUCUCUUGGCUCUAUAAGGCAUACUGCCUGGGAUCGAAUCCUCCCUCCGGUCCGUCGAAGACGAAUAAAGCGUUUAUUGCUGGCCCGGGAUAUUAUGCGGAUAUUGGAGAGCUAGUGGUGAAACCCGGCAAUGAUCAAUAUCAGCCGUCGGCCCGAAAAACCUUCAUGUGCUAUGACGAGGGAACUGAAGACGCGGCUGGCCCAGUCCUCCCAUUCCAUUGGAGCUGUUUUGAAAUUUUGACCCGAGUCCUCACGGGUUCCACCGAGAUCAACACUGUCAACCUCAACGCUCUCUACGGUGUCAUGUCCGCUUUAACCAACCAUUCCUCCUUACAUUUGAGCUACGGAGACGACAUUUCACGGUCGCAGGGCCGUUACUGGGAAUGCAUUCCGGGUGCAGAGUACUGUGCCAAGAACCCAACGGAUACCCCCAUGGUCGAUGAGCUUUUCCAAAACCUGAGCACAGAUGAUAAAUUCAAGCGCCCUUCGCUGGAGAUUGAGCUCCGGGAACGACGCCCCACCGAUCCAUUUGGCCAACUACCUCUAGAGAUCGCACAGCAGAUUUGCAUGUUCUUGCCGGGAGAUUCGCUGAAAGCGCUUGCUCAAGCUUCUCUCAGUGUUCAAAUUAUCACCCAGGAUAACUCGUUCUGGAAGCGUUUUAUGCAGUGGGAUAUGCCGUGGCUCUGGGAAUUCCAGACGCUCCAGAAUCAGAAGGCUGUCAACUAUAAAUCACUUUACCUGUGGCUGAACAAAAUGUCCACUCCGCGGUACGGCAUGGACGAUUUGAACCUGAUGGGUGUUGCCAACCGCAGACGCGUUUGGAGCGUUUGCGAACAACUUGCAAGCCGCUACAACAAAGCCACCGGCCAGGCACCAACGGAAGCGAUGAAAUGGGGUCGCGAUUAA